AUGGUGCAACAAGUAAGAACACAAAUAAGCCUGAGCAAAAAUGAAGAACUUUCAGAAAAAUACCCUCCACGUCACAGGCCACGGUUCUGCGAGUUGCCACGUAAGAAACAAUUUGAGAGUAUGAGUAUUUUAACAGCUGAACCCUCUGAUUUAGCAGAAACUUUCUGCUAUGGGAGGUGGUACCAUAAAAACAUUACCAGAAAUCAGGCAGAACGUCUACUGAGACAAGAGUCUAAAGAAGGUGCAUUUAUUGUCAGAGAUUCAAGACAUUUGGGAUCUUACACAAUUUCUGUGUUUGUAAAAGCUGGAAGAAGUACUGAGGCUACCAUUAAACAUUAUCAGAUUAAAAAGACAGACUCAGGGCAGUGCUACGUGGCUGAAAGACAUGUCUUCCAAUCAAUCCCUGAACUGAUCCAGUAUCACCAGCACAAUGCAGCCGGUCUCAUGACCCGUCUUCGCUACCCAGUUGGGCCGAUGGGGAGCUGUUUGCCCGCCACUGCUGGUUUUAGCUAUGAAAAAUGGGAGAUUGAUCCAUCCGAAUUGAUUUUUGUAAAGGAGAUUGGAAGCGGUCAGUUUGGGGUGGUCCAUUUAGGUCAAUGGCGAGCACAUAUUCAGGUAGCAAUCAAGGCCAUCAAUGAAGGCUCCAUGUCUGAAGAAGAUUUCAUUGAAGAGGCUAAAGUGAUGAUGAAAUUAUCUCAUUCAAGACUAGUUCAGCUUUACGGAGUGUGUAUACAGCAGAAGCCCCUUUAUAUUGUGACGGAGUUUAUGGAAAAUGGUUGCCUGCUAAACUAUCUCAGGGAGAGAAAAGGAAAUCUUAGAAAGGAGGUGCUACUGAGUAUGUGCCAGGAUAUAUGUGAAGGAAUGGCAUAUCUGGAGAAAAACUGCUUUAUUCAUCGGGAUUUAGCAGCAAGGAAUUGUUUGGUCAGUUCUACAUGUAUCAUAAAAAUUUCGGACUUUGGAAUGACGAGGUAUGUUUUGGAUGAUGAAUAUAUCAGUUCUUCAGGAGCCAAGUUCCCAAUCAAGUGGUCCCCUCCUGAAGUUUUCCACUUCAACAAGUACAGCAGCAAAUCUGAUGUCUGGUCAUUUGGUGUUCUGAUGUGGGAAGUUUUUACAGAAGGUAAAAUGCCUUUUGAAAAUAAGUCAAAUUUACAAGUUGUAGAAGCCAUUUCUAAAGGCUUCAGGCUAUACCGUCCUUACUUGGCACCAGUGUCCGUCUAUGAAGUCAUGUACAGUUGCUGGCAUGAGAAACCCAAGGGCCGCCCUGCGUUUGCUGAGCUGCUGCAAGUUCUCACGGAGAUUGCAGAGACCUGGUGA